CAAUCCGUUGGAUUUUAAUUUUUAGGUCACACUCUAGGUUGGCGGGUACAAUCCGUCAACUUUUAACUUUAGUGUUUGACAAUCAAAUUUGCGUUAGGUUUGCGGGUACAAUCCGUUGGAUUUUAAUUUUUAGGUCACACUCUUGGUCGUGUUUUGAGUUAAGGCAAUUGCGUUUUACUUUCUUGUUUUUUGUUGUGGUUCUAAAUACUAUCAAGAUUUCUUAAAGACUGUUGAAAAUACUUUUCACCCUUACCAUUAUUUCAAAAUACACUUUCUGAAUUUUUAUGAUAUUAUUUGAAAUUUGGUUUAUACCAUCAGCAAUUCAAAUGGUAGUUGUUGUUUUGAAUUUAUUUUUUCACUAUAAUCUUCGAAACUUUACUCUAUCGAGGAAUAAAAGAGUUACAUAUUUUAGCAUCCUCUGUCAUGUUCCAAUGUCGUUCAAACCAAGGACUUCGUUAUAGUGUUCAAAUUUUUUUCCUUUUACUUUUUCCCCUUUCCCCUAACAGACAUCAGGUUUUUCCCUUAACAAACAUCGGGUGGAUCGUUAACUCCUCUACCCUUCUACCUUUCUUUAUUAAAAAAAGAAUGCUCUUAAAAAUGUACCCUAAAACACUAUUAUCUAUCUGAAAUCCACAAUUCAAAAAAUUACAUAAGAGACUUAAAAAAUGAUUAUUUCUACUCACUACACAUUAUGCCUUAGAAUAUUCAUAUAGUUUGGUCACCAAGUAUACAUUCACAAAACAGAAAUUAAAGUAGGGUUAUUUCAUUGUGAGGGUGACACGUGGAAGGUGAGAUGGAGGUGACAUGCCAUUGAGUUGGAUUUAUUGUUUACAAGAGCGUUUCACAUUCGGCCUUGAAAAUCAGACGCCACCCAAAAACGCCGUUUCAUAUGCUUUAACCGGCGCCUGUUCCCCUCUGCGACCGGACAAGUUCAAGAAACCGGCCCGUCAAGCAUCGAUUCCGGUGAGCAGCUUCCGGAACCCAUCGGUCGACCCUCAGAAUUAGCCAAACCCAUUGUGCACGAAUGAGCCAGUACGAAGAAGAAACAUUCCAGAUUCAAUUUUGGACGCAUUUUGACAAGUUUGCGCCGGUUCAUUAGUCAUGGUGCAUCUAUCGAGCAACUCCGCCUAACCCAUCAGGUUUUGGAAGUGAAAAAUGGAUUCUACAAGAACUCAUGCUGCAGCUUUGGAUUUUGCUUCUAUAUGCCCUUCAUUAAUGAAAGUUCAUAAUUUAUGCUAUUGCACUCUGGUAUAUAAAUAAAAAGAAAAAAAUGCAGUGAUAGGUUGUAUAUGGUUCCUCAUGUAAAAGUUAUUCCAUUCUGAGUGACCUUUGUUCAUGGUUUAGGACAUUUUGGUGGCUAAUUGAUCUUAGUUGUAAUUUGGCAGGGAAUCCCAGGGGCGUGUUUGCAGCCUUGACAGUGUUAGAACAUCUAUUGCCCAGUGUGCCAGGGUUUGUGGGUUUUGAAAAACAAAAGGUUACUUCGGGUUCAUACUACUUCAUGUUCGGGUCAAUGCGGGUUCAAGUAGAGAACUAUAUGUUCAUCACCAUUAUCAUUCGGUUUGGGUCAACCCAACAAGUUAAAACAUUGAUUUUAAACAAAAUUUUAAAAGUUAUUCCAUUCUGAGUGACCAUUGUUCAUGGUUUAGGACAUUUUGGUGGCUAAUUGAUCUUAGUUGUAAUUUGGCAGGGAAUACAUCCCAGGGGCGUGUUUGCAGCCUUGACAGUGUUAGAACAUCUAUUGCCCAGUGUGCCAGGGUUUGUGGGUUUUGAAAAACAAAA